GGGGUGUGGCCUAGCGGACCGAAUCUAUAAAAGGGGCGCGGUCUACCCGCCCCCUCAGUGUCAAGAUGGCGGCGCUGCGGGCGGUGGGGGCGGUGCUGCUGCGGCCCGGGCGCGGCGGGGAGGUGGCGGCCAGGCUGGGUUACCACAAGAAAGUGGUGGAUCACUACGAGAACCCGCGCAACGUCGGCUCCCUCGACCGUAACGCCAAGAACGUGGGCACCGGCCUGGUGGGCGCCCCGGCCUGCGGAGACGUCAUGAAGCUGCAGGUGGAAGUGGAUGACAACGGCAGGAUUGUUGAUGCCCGUUUCAAAACAUUUGGCUGCGGGUCGGCGAUCGCAUCAAGUUCACUGGCAACGGAGUGGGUCAAAGGGAAAACGGUUGAUGAAGCACUGAAAAUCAAGAACACAGAUAUUGCUAAAGAACUCUGCCUUCCUCCAGUCAAACUACACUGCUCCAUGUUGGCUGAAGACGCCAUCAAGGCUGCCUUGGCUGAUUACAAGUUAAAGCAGGAUCCAAACAAAGAAGAGUCGGAGAAGAAAGUGAACAAUGCCUAAAUGGACUGUGAAGCUUGUCUCAUUCCACUUCAAUUUGCAGUGCAAUUAUUCUAGCUAUUAGUAAGAUCCUGCACACUACGAAAUGAAGCUGUAAAAUACGCACAACGUACGCACAACACGUCACUGUUCGUGUGUGUUCAGCCACUCUUGUAGUGCUUAAACAACUGGGAUGUGGGUAUUCUAGCGGCCUGUAUCCUGGUACAACUGUCUCUGAAAUGUUGGAGUGAAGGAGGCUGCUCAGCUGCAGAGAACUCGAUGGCUUCUCUAUGGAGAGAAAAUCCUUCUGUUCCGGUACUGGAAGGGCUGCACUUUUUUGGAAGUUGUAUAGUUUUGCCUAAUAUUUUACAGAAUUUAGUGGGAAGCUUUGCCUUGGUCUUAAUAUUUGUUUAAGAACUGCAGAUGGGUCUUUGUAUCGGUGCAGUAUACACACAGAGGGCAUUUCCUCUGCCCACAAACUGCA